ACGAGUUGGUGUCUACAAAACUAACAAGCUUCCGUGGUCGAGUCGGUUUUUCUAUUCAAAAUGCCAAAAAAUAAAUUUGUAUUCGCUUCUUUAAUUUUAACCGUGCUCGUUUUCGAAACACAUUCAAUAUCGGUUAUUAAUAACGUGACAGUUUCGAGUAAUUUCUUACAAGAUGAGUUCCUUAAGCAAAUGCGGUCUGAUUUUAAAGUCACAGGAACAACUGGAGCAGAUUUAAUAAAUGCUCGAAAAUGUGUCCUUCAAUUACAAAGUAUAGUUAGCCAAUUUCCAAGUAUUAAAGUAGCUCGAUUUUUUGAUUCCUGGGGUAAAUUUCCAUCUGGUAUUCUCUAUGGUCAUUUAAGAGAUCUUGGUAACUACGAUCAAUGCGUUAAGACAUCCGUAGAACUAAAUGAGACAAUUGGCAUUGCAACUGGAAAGUACUGCACUGCGUCUUUUCCACUAACAUCACCCACAACAUUCUCCGAAAAUGAUUUAUCCUUGCUUCGAGAAAAUCCCUUAGAUGAAAAGAUAAGUCUACGAAAUGUUAUUAGAAUAAAAAUAGGAGUGUGUAUUCCAGACACGUGUAGCCCAGUUCUGAUAACUCAGAUUUUUCAAAGGGUAUUAGCAAAUGUACUGAAUGGUACUCUUUCUGAAGUCACUGUUUCAGGUUGUUCCGUAAAUAAGACUCCUGAGUACGAAGCACUGGAUAUAUUUGCAAUUGUUCUGUUUUCGACGAUUGGUGGAUUAAUGGUUUUGAGUACAUUUUAUGACUUAUUUACGAGUACUUUUGAAAAAAAACCAAAACAACUAUUAAUGGCAUUUUCGGUCAUAAGCAAUGGAAGGAAGUUAUUUAUGAUCAACACUAAAAAAUCACCAAACUCUAUUGACUGUUUAACUGGUAUCAGAGUGUUUUCAAUGAUUUGGGUUUUGCACUGUCACAAUUAUAUGUUUUAUGCAACCCAAAACUUGAUUAAUUUCAGCGAUUCACUAAGUUGGUACAAGAAACCAUGGUCAAUGGUGGUUUUAAUGGGGACUGUUUCCGUUGAUUCAUUUUUCUUGCUGAGUGGAUUGCUGGUAGCCUGGUUGGGAUUACGAGAAUUGGACAAAACGAAAGGAAAACUAAACGUUCCAAUGAUGUAUUUUCAUCGGUAUAUUCGGCUUACUCCAGCUCUGGCAGCAGUCGUUUUAUUCUACGUUACAUUAAUUAAAUUUAUUGGAAGUGGGCCGUUUCGUCAAACAUAUAACAAAGCUAGUGAAACUUGUGAAGAUUCUUGGUGGGCUACGCUUUUGUACGUGCAAAACUAUGUUGCUCCCGAGAAAAUGUGUAUAAUGCAGUCCUGGUAUCUGGCAAUAGACACCCAAUUAUAUUUUCUUUCGCCAUUGGUUCUGAUACCUUUGUGGAAAUGGGGUAGAAGAUAUGUGCCCGUUUUAAUAGUUCUGGCAUUAUUGUCUAUUGGUUGCACAAUAGCAACUUUUUUCUCAGAAGGCUACACAAGCUUAAUAGGAUUUGGCGAAGCAGAACGAACAAGAAGAGUAUACUUUCCAACUCACACUAGAUACUCAGUAUGGUUAGUCGGAAUAUGUCUUGGAUAUUUUAUGCAUCUAAACAGGCAAAAGUCUAUGAGGCCUCCAAUGGUUUUUCGAAUGAUUGGAUGGAUUAUUUGUUUCACGACUUUAUUAUCCAUCAUAUUUGGACCAUACUUUACAAUAAGUUCUUCCGAAUCAGCUUCUGUAUUCCAUGCUGCAUCAUAUGAAUCUUUAAAGCGAGUUUCCUGGAGUAUAGCCUUAGCUUGGAUUGUGUUCGCUUGUCAUUUUGGAUUUGGUGGAAUUGUUAACUCGAUUCUUUCUCAUCCUAUUUGGCAGCCGUUGGGACGUUUAAACUAUUGCAUGUACCUGGUCCAUAUUACUGUGCAAACCAUUAACUUUGGGACAGUUCGUACAGAUGCAUAUUUCUCCGAUUAUAGACUUUAUUUAACUUUUUGGAGUACUUUUGGAAUCUCUGUUCUGGUAUCAACAGUGCUUUCAUUAUCUUUUGAAGCACCUGUACUCGUUAUAGAAAAGGUUUUAUUUUCUAAGAGUCAUCAGAAUGAAAAAACGAACGGAAAUAUUUUGCCGUCUGCUCCAUGCAAAGCUUCCAUAAAUGGACCCGAUUUUAAAGAAGUGUAAACCGCGCUUUUUGUAGUUUUUGUAAUUAAUAGAAUUUUAUUUAUUUUAUCACUUGUUAAGGAUUAUUUUUUUAAGAUUAAAUAUGAACAAAUAACAUUAUAUUUACAACCAUUUAUCAAGCCAAUGUAUUAAUAGCAAACUAUUUUAUCAAAAUGUAACUUCUGGUGGGACUUAAAAGUUUUGGUAGUUUUGUAUUGCAACAACUUGUAAUGGAAUAUUUAUAUUUUUAAUAGAA